CCUGUCAUGUCAGUAAUUACGGCGGCCGCGAGAUGUAAUCACGAGCUCAUAAUAAUCCCAAAUCUUCCUAGCUGGCGAAAGAAGGAAUAAGAGAUAUCACGUAUCAGCUCGCACUUAUACUGACUGCGGAUUCAUCUGAAAGCGUUGACGGCCCGUCAUGGCAUUUUAUUUCUCAACAGACGGCCGUUUUGAUAUAUCUGGAAGUCACAGAAAAAGCAGGCAAGAUCCACGUCAUUGUUCCGGAGUUCGGCAUAAUUUAUUGCGGAAAUGCCCUGCAGUAUGCAUUUCUUUAAGGUUCGUAUCACGCAGAGAUGGGGAACUCCCGACUGCAUAUAAAACCUGGUGACUUCAGUCAUCUCGAGAAUCACUACUCUCUAAAUUCCUUAUGCUGCUGAUGCGCCACAAUGAAUCUCUCGCAGCCCCUGUUCAAUUCCACAGCAGUGUGUAGUCGGGUUAACUUGGAAAUCAUCACGCUGUCAUUUCUGUAUCCGGUGAUGUUGGGAUCCAUGACGUACGUCGGGCCAGCGUAUCGCCUGGCCUUGGAAGGCAUUCGGCAGUCGUAUCCCCGCCUGAACGUCACGCAUACGAUCAUUGCCGAUGAGAAGUACCGCGACUGUAGUACCUUCGCCUACGAUGUCGUUGAUCUUACCGCUGAGCAUCUCCAAAAUACAGGGACGCUGACCCCUGAGCCACACCGUGAUAAAUGUUCGGCCAGUGUAAUGCUAUUUACCGGAUGUGCCGAAAUUCCGGAAAUUGUGCCCUUCGCGACGCAAUUGGACAAGCUGAUAAUAACUACUGUCGCUACUAGCCCGAAUCUCCGUAAGAAAACACUGACACCCACGUGGAUCGGAACAACGUGCAAUUCGUUCCAAAUUUAUCUGACUAUGGUGCUGAGUGUCGUGAAAAGGUUCCGUUGGACGUCCGUGGGUGUAAUAUGCGACACCGGGGCCAAUGCCGGUGGUUAUCCGGAGUUUGCCAGCGAAUCGGCUAAGAUUUUAAUCACAAAUGGCAGGCAAGUUUAUCAGGAAUUCUACAGCUCAAAGACUGCGACCGUUGCCGAUCGCAUGGAUGUUCUUCGCCGCAUGAACGAUCGAGCUCGAGUGUACUUUUAUUUUGGAGAUUACAAUGAAUUUCGACGAUUGCUUUUGGCGGCUGCAAAUCUUAUCAUGACCAAUGGGGAACAUGUGUACAUACCUAUGGCGGGAUUUAGAAAAAGCUCGGCACCCGGUUACUAUUCAUGGAACAAGGGUGACAGUGACGAUGAGAUUGUUAGGCAAGCUUACCGUUCUGUUCUGCUGAUGGAACUCAACGAAGCGGUGUACGGGAGAACCAACAGAUCAGGAAAUUUCACCCAGCAAAUGAUUGACGGAUCCAAGGAACUGUACAAUUACACUUACAAGCCUUUCGAACUGGUGACCCCGCAUCCGGCAGCCACGUAUGCGACGAUGAUGGUUCUCGCACAGGUAAUGGAACAAUUGCGUUCGACCGGGAAUCAAGAGGUGUGGUCGUCUGGGAGGCAAUUCGCCAAGCAGUUUAUGAAUCGCACUUUCACGACCGACGUCGGAGACGUGUGCAUUGAUGAGGUUGGAGAGCGCCUGCCGGCGAUAAACCUGAACCAGCUGGACUGGAAUACGUCGCGUGUGCGAGCGCUCUAUGUCCUAAAAGUUCCCGAGUUUACGCUGGUGGAAGCGGGGGAGGAACCGCAGUGGUUAAUUCCGUGGCCGCCACCCAAUGAACCGCGAUGCGGGUUUCGCGGAGACGCCCCGAAUUGUCAUCCGAAAGGAACAAUGGAAACCAUAAUUGGCGCUAGCGUGGGUACGAUCGCCGCCACCGUGUUCUUCAUCUUUGUUGCCGCGGUUUUUGUGAGACGUGCCACGCGGAACGCCUUCACUUCCGAGGCGUGGCGGAUCCGAUCCGAGCAGCUGCAACCGUUGGAGGAUAAGAGCAAUCGCGUAUGGAUAUAUCUUAAGCGCAACCAAACGGUGUGGAUCAAGCCGGUGUCUGCCGCCACCGCAUCCGCUGUUGAAACUACUUUCCCACAACUAAACAACCAUCUGCUGCCAUUGCUAAAAACGAUACUGGAUAUUGACCACGAUAACGUCUGCCGCUUCGCUGGAUUAUGUUUUCUUGAGAAGUCCGUGCUGAUGGUGUCAGAGUACUGCCCGCGUGGCUCGGUAGGCGAACUGAUGGCCAGGACCAUGUUGGAGUUUGAUUUGCAAACGUCGUUCUUGCUCGACCUCCUUAAGGGUUUACAAGCAAUACACCGGUCUGCUGUAAAGUUUCACGGAUUUCUUAGCCUUCACUGCUGCUUACUGAAUCGGCAUUUUAGCCUGAAAAUUGGAAAAACUGGUCAUACGCAAAUUGAGACCGCCUUAACACGAAACAGUGCCAUUCUCGAGCUGACAAACCGCCAUAGUACGAACAAAACUACAGCUCACGAAGACGGACAGAAAAGCGACAUGUUGGCAACUGGGCUUAUUUUGUACCAGAUCGUUAUCCAAGAGGAACCGUUUGAAUCACGAG